AUGGCCUCACUAACACCCUGGUUCCACCAUGGAAAAAUGGCUCGGACUUUCAAGCUUGGUGAGGUUGUGACACUGACAGACCCAGAGGAGUCUGAAUGGAAACUAGACAGGAUUAUCAAUGAGCAUGAACAGCAAAUGGAGAAGGCUCAAACCACCGAUAUGGUGGUAUCCUAUGCUUCGAUAAAAUUUGCCUGCCACAAACUCACCGAUCCAAAGACCAUUGGGAUGAUGCGAAUUUACAUCCAGAUCCCCAACCACGAAACCGAUCGAGAGAAAGCAGAGACGCGAGCAAAGGAAGCCAUGCCUGGUUUCAUUCACAAAGAGCUCAAAGCGUACAUGGUGCUUAAUCAACAUUUAAAUGCACUAAGGUUCACUCCUCGCCUUCUUGGUUGGAAGAAAACUACCUAG